AUGUCUUCUGCUCUCGUCACCUCUCUCCCCAUCUUCGCCGAUGCCGGCUCGUCCCAGACUCUCGUUGCUGAAGUCCUUGGUGCAGAUGCGGAUCAUACAACAUACGUUCUGAACUGCCCCUACGUUGACCCCGAGAGCGAAGAGGCCCAUACCAUGGACUGCGGCGUAUACAACAACACUUACAUCAUCGGACCGUACAUGAGCAAGACUCUCCCUCCCGGCGCUGCUAGCACAGGCGACUUUGAUCUCUUCGUCACCAUGCCCGGCGACGCAGAAGAUGACUGGAAGUUCUCCAUCCACUGCGAGAUGUCGCGCACCGUCGCUACGAAGUGCACCACUAUCAAUAUCGGCGGCAACGACGAUGGGCAUCCUACCGCUACUCUGACCAACACUGAUGAUCUGGAGGAAUACGGGUUUAGAACAUUCGAUUAUGGUGCUGUUUCUAUCACUGCCGGCCAGGAACUGCUUGACGCUAAACACGCGAGCGCCACUGCGACUGCUAGCGACGCCACCAAGACCAAGGCUUCGGGAAGCGAUGCAAGUGGAUCUGAGACUUCUGGUGUAGCAACACCCACUAACACAUCUGGUGCUUCGUCGUCCUUCACGCGUGCGUUUGGUGUUCUGUCUCUGGCUGGUGUCGCUGCCGCCCUCGUCAUGUGA